AUGUCGAGAAAACGGUUAAGCUCGGUUCAGUUACUGGAUUUCCUGAACAAGACUGGCUGUCUCUACUGUUCCUCUUUCCCUCCAUCCCGCACAGACUAUCCCUCCUCACGGGUUGAGCCAGUCUAUUCCAAGCAAAUGCUGAUUAUCUGUUAGGUUUGCUCUCAUUCUGUGUGGUUGCUUCUCAGCACCGGUACCAGUCCACUCGUUUUUCGCAACCCAAAUCGGCUCAGAACAUCUGAAACUACGCCGCACGUCAACAGCAGGGGAUAGCGGCACGCGUUCAGAUUCGUGAUGUCGUAUCCAACCUUUCCUGAAGAUGUCACUUCUCAACACGGCCACGGGGAUUCCUUUUCUUUGCACUCAGCUUCCCCACUUCGCCGUAAUCAGAACCCUUCCUCAUAUCCACCACUACCUUCACAAUCGCCUAGUUCUGGAAGUCAAGAACACUUUGUAAGGCACGUUGCAAUGCCAGACGAAGAUGCACCGCGGUCGUUCGAUAGCUAUGAUACUGAACGCGCUGAGGCAAAGAUCUACGCUGGUGGAGCUGGAAUGCCACAACCCAUGAGCCAUGGUUCUCACAGACAGUCUCAUUUACACCAUCCUUCUGGCAGCAGGACUGGUAGCUGGGACCUUCUUGCUGGUAUCAGGAAGUUUGAACAUUCGUAUGAAGAGUUCGAUUCGAGGAACGCGAGUGAAUCUCAUCUAACUUUCGCCGAUGGAGAUAUGCCUCGAAAUAAGUUCUCUCGGUUCUAUCACUAUCUGCUGAAUGUAUCGAUCGUAACACGCUGGUUCUUGUUCAUCGUACCUGUAUUGGCCAUUCUUUGGAUUCCCGGUAUUCUUGGAUUGACUACGUUCCCUAAAACUACGAUCUGGGGUGUUAGAUUGCUGUUUUGGAGUAUCUGGCUCAGUGUUGCCUGGGUCGGUUGGUGGGCUUCUCUUGCCACGGCGAUGAUGUUACCUCGGCUUGCCCGGUAUACACUUGGCGUUGUUGCCGUUGCAUCCAGACGAUACAUCGACUGGUUGGACGUCCUUCACAGAUAUGUUGCACUUUUAGGUUGGACGUUCACUAUUUGGGUUUCCUUUCAGCCGGUCAUCAAUACUCGUCAGGAGGCCAACGCCAGUGAUAGUAGUGUUUCAAUCAUCAACACUAUCGCCAAGUUGCUGUUCGCGUUCUUCCUCUGUGCUGCUGUGCUUGCAUUCGAGAAGUUUUCUAUUCAGUGGAUUGCUGGCAAAUUCCAUGAGCGCUCCUAUGCUGGUACGUCGACCCCACAUGAAAAUACUACUAAGAACAUUUUAUCGACAUGGUACGCAGAACGUAUACAGGCACAGAAAUUCGCUGUAGGAGUGCUCGUCACACUUUAUCGUCACUCCAAUGACAUCCCCGGUCGAUCCGAUACGCUCAAGGAUGGGAGUGCGGACAAGCGGAUGACGAUGAACCCGAAGAAAUUCCUCAAGAAAGCACUGAAGGGUGUUCGGAAGGCUGCCACCACCACUACGACGGCCCUUGGAAAUGUCGCCUCGGAGAUUGCUGGAAGUUCGGUUCUUCAGCCCAACUCUCCACAGGCUAUGGUACAAACGGCUUUGGGAUCUGCGAAUAAGUCUCGUCUGCUGGCUCGGCGAUUAUUCUACUCUUUUGUCCGGCCUGGAUCUGAAUAUCUCAUUGUUGAAGAUAUCGCCCGGUUCUUCCCAACGCCCGAUGAUACCGACGCAGCCUUCGCCAUCUUCGACAAGGACUCUAAUGGUGACAUUACCCGAGAUGAGAUUGAGAUGUCCUGCAUGGAUUUCCACCGCGAGCAGCUUUCGAUCGAGCAUUCAAUGCGAGAUCUUGAUAGUGCUGUAGGACGUCUGGACAACAUUCUGAUGAGCGUAUAUUUCAUUGUGGCUAUUCUGAUCAUUGCGGUUGCUCUGGAAGCUCAACUCGUCACCCUGAUCACCGGAGCUGGGACACUGAUACUUGGUCUUAGUUGGCUCAUUGGCUCAUCUCUCGCCGAAGUCCUCACGUCGAUUAUCUUCCUCUUCAUCAAGCAUCCAUAUGAUGUCGGUGAUCGCGUCACCGUAGAGAAAAAUACCUACACCGUGAAGGAAAUUCGGCUUCUGAGCACCAUCUUCAUCGAUGAAAAUGCGUGUUCGGUGCAGGCUCCAAAUACGGUAUUGAACGAGAAGUUCAUCCAAAAUAUUCGUCGGAGUCCUCAGAUGUCUGAGCCUUUCACUUUCGAUGUGGCCUACACUACGACCUUCGAGCAGAUCGAACGACUCCGCGAGUUGAUGGUUGCUUUCCUCCAGUCUGAGAGACGGGAUUAUCAGCCGGUGUUUGAUGUGCUCGUGGUUGACAUUCCGGAGCAGGAGAAGAUGACCUUGCGUGCGGAUAUCAAGUACAAGAGCAAUUGGCAGCAGGGUGCCUUGAAAGCCAAACGACGAAACAAGUGGAUCUGCGCUCUCAAAUCGUCACUUUCGAAGGUUCGAAUGUUCGGUCCCGCAGGAGAUCCGGAUGCGAUACCUUCCCCGACGCCAUACACGCUUGUACCAUGGGAGAAAGUCAAGGAGGAGCAAGAAAAGGCCGAGCCAACCACUCCGAGGGGUCAUAUGCGUGAACCAACCAUUCCCAUGGCGUACACCUUUACAGAUCAGAACGCUGUGAUUGGAGAUCCUUCGGCGGAUGUAUUUGGUGAAGCUGAGGAGCUGCAAAUGACAAACCCUCGACGCCAAGGCACAGAUCGACCUGGAUUGCGUCUGAGACCUAAUGCGCCCGCCAUGCCUUCCGCUCUCUCAAUGCCAACAUCGCAGUCUCGUGAUAUGGAAGAGAUAGAAUUGACGACUCCUACGGCGGGACCAGGAGGAUCAUUCCCUCCACUCUAACGACAACGAAACGCAUUUCAUGAGUGCUAGUGUGGUAUAGUGGGUUUUAUAUACAUCGGACAUUUACUGAUUCUGCUAUCGUAUCAUAUCUCUCCAUGUUAUCCUUCUAGCUAACCAGUAUGCUUUCAACUCAUUUGUUGCUUGAAAAUGCAUCAUCGGUUGCAGGAAAGCUCUGUGAGUAUCCGCAGCCAUUCAUGCGGUAAAUCUCGUACAAUUACGCUACUGUAGAAUACAUAUGGUCUCGAUGACCUAUAGACAUUACAAUACAACAAUCCAAAAGAAUCUAUUACACGUUCCAACCUGCUUGCUGUGGCGAGGAGCCACCCCAUCCUGCUGACCCCGGUGGUCUGGGACUCCACCCUGAGCCAGCUGGAGCAGGGCUGGUUCCCCAUCCUGUCGGUGCAGCUGGCGGCGCACUCCAGUUGGAAGUGCCAGGACUGCCACCCCAUGCCCCAGCCGCGACCGGACUACCCCAUCCUGCACCCGCACCUGUGCCAUUUGGGCUAGUUUGUCCCCAACCUCCUGCACCUGCAGCGGGAGCACCCCAGCCAGCAGUAGGAUGUCCAUUGGUUUGAGGUAACGAUUGAUCAGCACCAGUAGCCAUCUCAGCUUCGGGUUCUUGCUUCAACCCGAGCACAAGAUUAGCAAGCUUGGUCUGGAGUUCUUGUAAACCCUAUAAAUGGCUCUCGUUAGGUAUUGCCAAUAAGGACGGAUAUGUUUAUAUUCACUUUUAGGA